AUGCAAGCAGGAAACAAUGGAGGUGCAAAGCUCAAGAAUGAUGAAUUUGAUAAUCUGUAUCAGAAGAAUAUUAAUAGACGAGAAACAGAAACGGUAAUUCGAAGAUCCAUUCCGGUUCAAAGAGAUUUAACAGGUAAGAUCCUUCCGAACCAAGUUGCAUAUUAUGAGGAAAUCGAAAGAGAGGUUACUUUUGGAGCAACACAUCAUAUCUUAGAUAAAGAUAAUUUUGAUAGCUAUAUCUAUCCUACAAAUUUCGAAGUUAGAGAGUACCAAUUCAAUAUUGUUCAAAAAUCAUUAUAUCAAAAUACUUUAUGUGCUAUACCUACUGGUAUGGGUAAAACGUUUAUAGCAAGUACGGUAAUGCUAAAUUUCUUUAGAUGGAGUAAGAAUGGAAAGAUUAUAUUUACUGCCCCAACCAGGCCUUUGGUAGCACAACAAAUUAAAGCUUGUUUAGGUAUAACAGGUAUUCCUCAUGAUCAAGCAGCUAUUUUAUUGGAUAAAAGUAGGAAAAACAGAGAAGACAUUUGGACUCAAAAAAGAGUAUUUUUUACAACCCCACAAGUUAUUGAAAAUGACUUAAAGAGGGGAGUGUUGAAUCCCAAAGAUAUUAUUUGUUUAGUAUUUGAUGAAGCUCAUAGAGCCACUGGUUCAUAUGCCUAUACAAACGUUGUAAAAUUUAUAGACAGAUUUAACUCCUCUUAUCGGAUAUUGGCUUUAACCGCCACUCCUGGUACAGAUAUAGCUAGUGUCCAAGAAGUGGUAAACAAUUUAAACAUUUCUAAUAUUGAAAUUAGAACUGAAGAAAGUAUGGAUAUAAUACGGUACAUGAAAAAAAGAUAUAAGGAAAAAAUAGAAAUUGGUUUAACUACAGAAAUUGAAAUGAUAAUUGAACAAUUAGGCAUUGCAGUGAAGCCUGUUCUGCAACAGGCAGUCGAGUUGGGAAUAUACGAUGAAUGUCAUCCAUCUCAAAUAAAUUCAUUUGUAGCAAUGCAAAAAAGUCAACAAAUAAUCGCUAACCCAACAAUAGCAGAAGGAAUUAAGUGGAGAAAUUUCUUUAUUUUGCAAUUAUUAAAUCAUGUUGGUCAGAUGCUUAAAAGAAUAAAAAUAUAUGGGAUUAGAAGUUUCUAUGGUUAUUUCAGAAAUAAAUUUAGCGAAUUCACAACUAAAUACAAUAUGGGGAAGUCCACUAAUAAAAUUGCGGCAUCCUUUUAUUAUCAUCCAAUUCUAAAAAUUCUGAUGAAAAAUUGUGAUGUCUAUACAUCAAAUUCCUCUUUUAUUGGACAUGAUAAACUUCAAAAGAUAAUAAAUGAGCUAAGUGAUUUUUUUCUUAAUUCUAGACUAGAUUCUAGAGUAAUUAUAUUUACUGAAUUAAGAGAAAGUGCCUUGGAAAUUGUAAAGACUAUCGAUAACAUGGGAAGUUCGUCAAUAAGACCUCAUAUAUUUAUUGGUCAAGCAAGAGGGAAAGAAAACUUUGAUGAUGAAGGUUUCAUACGUAAGAAUAAACCAAAAGGAAGGAAGAAAGCAGAUCGUUUAAAGCGUUUGGAAGAAGAUAAGCAAAAGCAAUUAAGCAAGGCAAAACAAAAAGAGCAAGAAAAAGUCGAGAGAUCCUCAAGGAGGACAGGAAGUUCAGAAGAAGCCCAAAUAUCUGGGAUGAAUCAAAAGCAGCAAAAAGAGGUUAUUUCUAAAUUCAAAAAUGGCGACUAUAAUGUCUUAGUUUGUACAUCAAUUGGUGAAGAAGGUCUGGAUAUUGGUGAAGUUGAUAUGAUUAUUUGUUUUGAUACAACAGGAAGUCCUAUUAAGAACAUUCAAAGAAUGGGUAGAACAGGUAGAAAGAGAGAUGGUAAAAUUCUUCUCCUUUUUAGCGGCAAUGAGUCUCGUAAAUUUGAAAAAGCGAUGGAGGACUAUUAUGACUUACAGAGACUAAUAGGUCAAAAUUUUGUUGAAUACAAGAAGUCAGAUAGAAUUCUCCCUUCAAAUAUAACACCUGAAUGCCGAAAAGAAUUUAUUCAUAUCAGCGCUGAAAAUAAUGAACUUAACAAUAUGGAAGACUCGGAUGAAGUUAUUCGAUACGCAACACAAUGCAUGUUAGGCAAGGUUCCUAAGUCAAAAAAGUCAAAGGCAAAGGCAGCCAAAGAACCUAAGGGCAAGUCAAAAACAUUUUUUAUGCCAGAUAAUGUUGAAACAGGUAUAGUAUCUGCAAUUGCAUUGGUAAAUAAGAAAAAAUCUAACUCUAACGAAAGUGAAACUGUGAUCAAAACAGAAUGCUUCCCAAAUCUAGAUGAUAUCGAAAAGGACAUGUUGGCAAGCUUGUCUUCUCCAGUAAAACCAGAGGUUGAUGAUUAUAAAGAUGGUACUUUUCAAAAAACAGACCGCUUUGAAGAGAAAAUUACAGGAAGCAAUUUGAAGGAUAUGCUGAUGUCAUUUUCGAAAAGAGAUGAAGAAUCAAAGGUAACCUCAUUUUCUUCCGAUGGGAACUAUGUAAAUGAACCAUUUGGAAAUAUAAGUUUAGGUGAAAAAUUAGAUAUUAACGAUGACUUUGCAAGUACUCCAAUUGUAAAAGCUGACAUGAACAUAGGGCAAUAUGACCGUAGUUUAAUAGAAAAUAAUAGCAGAGGUGGGGUUCUAUUUAAAAAUGCAUUCGAAAAAGAAGAAGGCCUUCUGAAAAAAUCAGAGAAGGUUUAUUUUCGUGACCAUUACUCUAUUGAUAACACAGUUGUAAUAGAACCAAUCCCUAAUUUCAAAAGAUAUAAUAAAUCUUGCUUAAUUAAUCAUAAUCCGCAAGUCGAAAAUAUUUUGAAUCUCUUCAAGGGUAUUAAUGAGAACAAAACGCAAAUAACAAUUGAAAUGAAUAGGUCCAGAUGUAUUGCUAGAGGUAUUGAAAAAGGCAGUAUUCAGUUGACUGGUUCUGAUUUUUCACUAGCAAACGUUAUGGUAGCUCAGAAAAAUAAUGAGGCAGAUAUUGUGUGGGAUACAUCUAAAACGAAUAAAAACAGUCACGAAAAUCUGAAUGAACUCCUUGAUUCCGAUUCUGAUUUCUGA